AGAAAGAAAAAAACAACCAAGAUGUCUUCGUCCAGGCCAGAACAGCAAGUAGUCCAACAUUUUACUCAUAUCCAUCCAUUAACGAAAGUUGACGGAUAUGGCGAGUUCACAUGCGGUGGUUGUAAAACCUACGGCUUUGGGAAGACCUACCGUUGCACCUGGUGCGACUACAAUCUUCACGAUCAUUGUGCCACAUGUCCUUCUACCCUCGUCAGCUUUAUGCAUCCACAGCACGAGCUCCGGCUAGUCUUUAGAGAACCAGAGCAUACGCAGCAGAACAAACGUAUGUGCGACAUAUGCGAUGAAUCAGCCGAGGGGCUCUAUUACCAAUGUGAGCCUUGUGGCUUUGAUGUUCACCCACUGUGCACGCAGCUGCCUCAGCACGUAAGGCACGUGCCUCACCCGGCCCAUCCCUUAGAGCUGAGUCAGUGGGGAGCUAGCAGCAUCUGUAUGGUUUGUCGCGGUGCAAUCCGGUCUUGGAGGUACAAGUGUGGUCCAUGCGGGUUAGAUGUUCACAUGGAAUGCGUUAAUUCAUCUGCAUCCGUAGCAGCAACGGAAAUUCAGCAAAGAAAACAAAAAGACAACGAGAUGAAGCCAGAGUCAAAAGAAGUCCAACAUAUCCAUCCCUUAACGGUGGUCACCGUUGGCGACUUCAUAUGCAAUGGCUGCAACACCGAGGGCUAUGGGAAGACCUACUGCUGCGCUGAUUGCGACUACCAUCUUCACGAAUACUGUGCCACGUGUCCCACUACCCUCCUCAGCUUUAUGCAUCCACAACAAGAGCUCGGGCUAGUCUUUGAAGGACCAGAGCGUUUAUGCAACAUCUGCGAUGAAUUAGCCGAGGGGCUCUAUUACCGUUGUAUAGCUUGUGAUUUCGAUGUCCAUCCACUCUGCACACGGCUGCCUCACCCGGCUCAUCCCAUAGAGCUGAGUCACUCGGAAGCAAACAGCACCUGCAUGGUUUGCCAUGGUGCAGUCCAGUCUUGGAGGUACAAGUGUGGUCCAUGCGGGUUAGAUGUUCACAUGGAGUGUGUUAAUUCUUCUGCAUCAGCUGCGACGGGCACUCAUAAUAAUCCUAAACAUGGAUGCGGAUGUGAACACAAUGACAGAGAUACAAAUCAAGGUCAGGAUCAAGUACCGCCUCCAUAUCACGUUAAGAGAAGAAGAAUGCUUCGCAUCUUGAAGUUCAUAACGGUUGAGGUUAUCCGCAAUAUCAUGGCUCCUUAGCAAGCUACCGAAGCCAUUAGGGGUUCAUUUUAAAAUGGCAACUCUCUAACGUUAUGUUUUGUAUCUCCAUUGUUCUGUUACUUUCUUCUAUUGCGUGAUGGUCACCAUCUUCAAUUGUACGCAACAUACUAAAAUGAUUUGCAAAUU